UGCAGAUAGUUUUCACUUCAGAUGUUGAACAGUGUAAGAAGAAACACUGUGAUAAAAAAUUCAGUCAUUAUACCCUUAUAUGAAAAUGAUAUGAGAGAGAGAGAGAAAGAGAAGAAAAACAUGACCAUGGAUCGAGGCUCAGAGAGCAGUAGUUCAGAGUCACCAACAAGGGAAUUGAAAGUUAUCUCCAUAGAGUGUUUACGAGCAACUUCAAAAUCCGAUGAAUGGAGCGCCGCCGACGUGCUUCAAAGCGGCGAUAUAGUAGAGGAGCUCCGGAUUGGCUCAUCGGCCGGUUCCUUGGUCCGGUUCAGGCAACCCUUCAAGAACGGUCGGACCGGACUCAACAAGAUCCUUCAUGAUGCAUACAAGAAGAAGGAGACGUCCGUCCUUGUAAGAGUCCGACGUGGACCUCAUGAGUUCGUUGAGCUGCAGGCCUGCGUCGUCCCCGGAGACUCCUCCUCCGGCAAGAAGAACUACUUCUUGAGGUCCAUCGCCGAUGCCAAUUACGUCGUUGGCUUCUUGGACACAACCGAAAGUGAAUGCUACCGCUUACAAGGUUCAAGGGCGAGUAGGAUGGUAAGUGCACUAACAAGAAGUAAGGCACAAGAUGGAUAUGUAUCAUAUCCAUGGGAGAAGAAGAUGCAGGAGAUGCUUUCAGUUCCCAAUUCUGGCAACUUCAUCUCCAUGUUAUUUCUUCCCAAAGCUUCCGAUCGAGUGGCGUCUCGCUACCACGACGUGGAGGACACUCUAGCGAGGGCAAAUGCAUGGCUUAAUGCAGCUCAAGCUUCAGGGGUUCCUCUUGUCUUUAUGAACAUCCAAACUGAGUCACUACUCACUAAGAUAUCUGGAGAGACAGCAUCUUCAACGGUGAAUUCAGGGUCAUUAGCUGAUUUUUCAAACGUUGCAAAUGAAAGCCUUUAUGGAUUUGAGGACUAUCAUGGAGUAGACAUAGGUGUUGUUAGAGCAGUUAGGCUAUGGUACGCUCCAAUUGGGGGAGAGCUCUCAAUAGAGAUCAAACUCAAAGAUGAUGACACAAAACUUGGCUUUGCCAUUAGUCGCACCGAAGAGGGUUUCAUUUUCAUCUCGUCAGUGAUUGAUAACAGUGAAGAAAACGCACCAGCAACACGGUCGGGGCUAAACCAUGUAUACAGAGCAGCAAGAGAUACAUGCAGGUUGUUGGUGGUUUCUCGGGUUUCGAAUCAGAGAGUGCUUCCAUGGAUGGUGUCUUCAACAGGAGCAAUAAGGUGUUAUGACACUGUUUCAUUGAGCCACAAACUUUCAUUGCAUAGACACACCAAAGUUCCAAUUCUCCUUCAUGUCUUCCUUUGGGACCGUGCAUUGGCCUCUUCCAUUGGUGCUGCAAAGAUGUCUCCCAAGGUAGUUCAUUCAAAUCAGAAUAAGCCAAUUGAAACUGAUGAUGAUGGUUCUCAUCAGCCAUUGAAGCUCCAGAGAGACAGCGUUGGGGAUCUCUCUUUUAGAUUCCAAGACUUUUCUAUCUCUAGCAAUUGGGUAUGAUUUUCUACUUUGUAUUUCAG